GUCUACGUACCACAACAGAACUCAGCCCGGAAAAGAAGGAAAGAAAAAAAGAAAAAAACACCAGCACCUCGAAAGAAAAAACCCACUCGCCCCGGAACCCCCCGACAAUCGAGCGAAUGCCAUACACACCCCCCGUCCAGACCCCUAGUGCGUCUCCGUGUUCGAGCCGGUCCUCCUCCUUCUCCAACCAUGACCCACAAAGCCGCUCGACCUUAAACUUCCUCCAAUCCUCAAACCCUCCCCGUUCCGCCACAUAUCUUCACAAGCAACGCAGGUCAUCGUCCGGCUCGCUACCCAUCCCACUACUCUCCACCCCCCAGUCCCCAUCGACGAAGGAACAGCAGCCGUCUACAGAUCCCCGAAUGAGCGGCAGCGUGCACCAGUCGCCACCUCCCGUCGACAACGGUCUGUCGGUUAUGCCCGCAGGCGCGAUUAUGUCGCCACCCGACUCGACCCAGAAUUCGAGCGACGAGGAGGAUGGUGGUUUGAGGCGUGGCAGGGAUUUGGGCAAGCUAGAAGACGAGCUGAAGGAAGCCAUCAUGAGGAUCCCCCAGCGACGAUUCCCUUCGCCUGAACGGACAGCAGCUUCGGUCGAGAUCGCAGCAGCCACCGCAGCAGCAGCCGCCGCAGCUCUCUCUCCCCGGGCACGCAACCAGCAUUCGCACCACUACCGAUCACGAUCGGAUACCUCCUCCAUGCUCAUCGAUAUCGCCGCAACCCGUCCCCGGAGCGGCUCCAACAGCGGAAGCGUCAGUGACUUUGAGGACGACUACCGGAUAGCACCGCCCAUGGUCCGCAAGAAGAGCGGUGAGGUCGUCAAGUCAUCCUUGAAGUCCCCCAGCCGUUCGCGACCUUGCAGUGUCCCGGCCACUCCUACCUUCCCCAAGAACGUCCACUUUGACGCCCGCAUCGAGCACGUCCGCCACUUCCUCCAUUCCGAGAAGCCUUCGGCCGUCAGUGUCGGAUCGUCCCCGGUCGAGGGUGUCUACGACGGCGAAUCCGAGUACCCGUUCGGCUACGAUGACGACGAACCCCAGUGGGAGAUCGGCCUGCCCAACUUCCCCAAGGAUCACGAGUCGAGGAAGGCCCUUCCCGUUCGGUUGGAGAAGCUGUGCCUGUCGACGGACAAGAAGAACCUGAUCGGCACCGUCGCCGUCUCGAACCUGUCCUUCCAGAAGCACGUUGUGGCUCGCUUCACUUUCGACUACUGGCAGACGGUAUCGGAGGUCAGCGCUGACUACAGCAGCGAUGUCAGGCGUCGGGAACGGGAGGACGGCAUCGACCGCUUCAUCUUCAAGAUCAAGCUGGCCGAGCAGGCUAACCUGGAGAAGAAGAUCCUCUUCUUCUGCAUCCGAUACGUUGCGAACGGUCAGGAGCACUGGGACAACAACGGCGGCGUCAACUUCCAGGUCGACUUCAAGAAGGCCUUCCCCACUCGCCCCCACGCUGGCCACCAAGCCUCAGCCCUGCCCCGGUCGUCGAAGCCAUCCACCCCGUCGUCACGUCCUCGGACCAUCCCUCACAUGGAUGACUUCGAGCUCCUGGAUGACGCAUUCUUCGCCAAGGUCAACAAGCUCGAUCGCCCUCGGUCGAAGAAGUCUAAGCCCGUGACCGUCGACCAGGAGACCGAGCUGCCCAGUCGUCGAGCGAAUCCGACCGGCAACGCUUUCGGAAACCGAUACGACUUCCGGGCCUCGUUGAACCAGACGAUCAAGAUGACCAGCUCCGCGUCGGCACCCGGCUUGGUGCGCACCGACAAGGUUUCCUUCGCCGAAGCCGAUACCACUCCUCCCCGGAUGGACAACUCGUACUUCAACCUCCCCAUGCAGAGGCUCUCCAGCGAGCUUCCGUCCACCACCACCCCGUUGGACAGUCCGUCCAUCAGUGGUGCUGGCCCUCCGGAGAUCUUCAACACCGAUAACUUUUGGACGCACGAGGAUAAGCCCUCGAUCGAGUCUCCAUCUUAUCGGGAGCUCCUCGACAACUACUGUUUCUUUGGCUCCGCUAAGGCAACUAAAUUGCCUCUGAGCAAGCCCGAGCCUCCGAAGAAGUCUGAGUCGAAACCUAAGGAGUCGGUUCAGAUUGUUCUCCCAACCGGUGAGAAGCGGUCCGUCAGCCCACCCCAGUACAUGGCGAGCCCUCUCAACGGUACGAGCAUCACGCCUCCUUCGCUCUCGGUCGCUCAACAGAAGUCGACUGGGAAUGCGUCGCCUAUCCCUGCCAACUACGCCGGCUAUCAUCACCGCCGACGUGGAUCAGGGGCUUUUAGGUUCGACACUUCGACGCAGACACCAGCCAUCUGCUAGAUUGUCUCUUGGAAUUUUCUGAGGAGAGGGGGAGAGGGUCUUGUUUGGUUCCAACGACGAAACGACGGAAACGGUCAACUUCAACGUUGGAGGUGUACAGUCAGACAGACAUCUCAACGGGUCUGUUG